GGCGCGGGCGACAGGUGGGCGCGUCGGGCAUGGCGGUCUCCGCGGGGCUAACGCUGUGCGGGUCCUUGCUGGUGGUGCGGGGCGGCAGCCGCUUCCUGGCCACCGACACCGCGAGCAGCAAUGGUGGUGUCCUUUUCACCUACGACUGCAGCGCUGCGGAGAAGCCCCCGGAGAGCAAAGGGGAGGAUGGGCAACCCGUGGACAGAGGGAGCGACACAAUCCUGGCCUGUGCCUUCUCGGCGUCCAGCAGCUACUUCGCUCUAACGGACGACAGGAAGCGCCUGAUCCUUUUCCAUACCAGACCGUGGCGGUGUCUGGGCGUUAGGAGCGUGGCAAGGCGCUGCACAGCCUUGACCUUCACGGCGUCUGAGGAGAAGGUUCUGGUGGCCGACAAAUCAGGGGACGUCUACUCCUUCUUGGUGCAGGAGCCGAAUGCCCACGGCCACCUGGAGCUGGGCCACCUGUCCAUGCUGCUGGAUGUGGCCAUUAGCCCUGAUGACCGCUUCAUCCUUACGGCUGACCGGGAUGAGAAGAUCCGGGUUAGCUGGGCCGUGGCCCCGCACAGCAUCGAGGCCUUCUGCUUGGGGCAUACGGAGUUCGUGAGUCGCAUCCUGGUGCCCCCCGACAAUCCCGAGCUGCUGCUGUCCACCUCUGGGGACGGCACCUUGAGGCUCUGGGAGUUCAGUCGAGGCUGUGAGCUGUGCUGCUGCCCCUUGGCCAGCCUGCGGGAGCCCAGGGAUACCUCGGAGCACCAGCGGGUGGCCGCCUCCAGGCUGGCGUACUGGCGCGGGGAGGGCUGUGUGGCACUUCUCUGCGAGGGCCUUUCUGCCGUCGCCAUCUUCCGGCUUCUUGGGUCCCAGCGCCGGCUGGUUCUGGAACAGCAGCUCCCGCUACAGCACCGCGCAUGGGACCUGGGCUUCGAGGACGGCCGUGGGCUGUGGGUGCUGCAGGACUGCGCGGAUACCCCCCUCCUGCUCUGCAGGCCCCACGGCGGCCAGUGGCAGUUUGUUCCUGAUGACUCUGUGCUGAAGACCAUCUCCGGCCUCUUGCGUGAAGAGUGGGCCAUUCUGGGGGGCUCCGCGGGCCAGGACCCCAGCCUGAGCAGCCUCUACAAGGCCGCCUGCGACAACAUGACUGCGUACCUGCAGCGCAAGGAACAGCGGCUGCUGCAGAGAAAGCGGCGCCGGGAUGCGUCACCUGGAACCCCCACACGGCUGCAUACAGGGGACGCAGCCCUGGGCUGUUCCUAGCGGCAGGCGCCCACCCUCCUGCUAGCACCACCCUAUUCUGGAAUAUUCCGUGGUGGGGAGAGAAGCAAGCCACAUGGAGGUGCCGGCAUGGACGGUUCCGGGACCCUCUGGGCCUCGACUCCCCGUGGACAAGCAGCCCCAGCACAGGUACGGCCACCCCGUGGGCAGCAGAAGUGAUGACGGCGCCGAGGAGCCCAGCGGAGCUGCGGGAGUGGAUGGUGGCUGUUGCAUGCUUGGCGGGGCUGGGAUAGCAGGUGGGUUGGUUGCAUCUCUCCUAAGUGCCUGUUUCCCUCUAAAUGGCCCCAAACCGUGACUUGGGGUGCCCCGUGCCCACCGCUUCCAGAUGUGAAAAUCUCGAGGCCCCAGUUCAGGCAUCUGGAGGCCUCUGCUGGCCCAGCUAUGUGC